AUGACCUCCAGAAGCCACAACUCCUUGCCGAGAACUCUGAUGGCUCCACGAAUGCUUUCCGAAGGUGCCCUGGGGGGCAUCGCCCAAAUCACCCCCUCGCUGUACCUGAGCCGGGGCAGCGUCGCCUCCAACCGGCACCUGCUCCUCUCCCGGGGAAUCACCUGCAUCAUCAACGCCACCAUCGAGAUUCCCAAUUUCAACUGGCCCCAGUUUGAAUACGUGAAAGUGCCUUUGGCUGACAUGCCCAACGCCCCCAUCUCCCUGUACUUCGACAGCGUCGCCGACAAGAUCAACAGCGUGGCGCGGAAGCACGGGGCCACCUUAGUCCAUUGUGCCGCCGGCGUGAGCAGGUCGGCCACCCUCUGCAUCGCCUACCUGAUGAAGUACCACAAGGUCUCCCUCUUUGAGGCAUACAACUGGGUCAAAUCGAGACGCCCCGUUAUACGCCCCAACGUGGGCUUCUGGAGGCAACUGAUAGACUACGAGAGGAAGCUCUUUGGGAAGACGACGGUUAAAAUGGUACAGACACCAUAUGGCAUCAUCCCAGACGUUUACGAGAGAGAGAGGAGACCCCUGAUGCCUUACUGGGGAAUUUAAUGUGACUGCAGACAGGAAGCACAACAGAAGGGACACGCUGUUCUGAGUCGACCAGACUGGAGACAUCCCCUUCUCCUUCUACAGCCAACUUUGGUUCUUUACCAUACAGCAGAACCUCAACUAAUUCUCACCUCACUAACCUGCAAGGCCAACAAUUCCCCCAAAGCGUUUCUCUCUACAGGGACUCCCCCAUCUACGUUUCUCUGAUUUAGCAGAAUGAGGUCUCCUUAUAAGUUUAUUCCUUUCAUAAAGCCUCCCUCCCCUCUUUAGUCAGUUUAUUAGUAUCCUACAAAGAAAGGCCUAAAAGGCAUUUGGCAGAGUUAAUGAAUAAAGUGCGCUUUGUGAUGCGGUAG